CAUGAGACUCCAUUCAUGGAUAAAAAUCCGAGGGAACUGGAGGGGGGGUGAAAGUUGAGCGAAGAAGACAUGUGGACGAUCGAAUAGGCCGUACACCAAGAGUCUCAACGAUCAUUUUUUUUGUUCGCAAAUUUUUUUUGUUUGUUUGUUGGUUCGUUGGUUUGGUCGUAUAGCAGCUACUUAUUGUAUAAAAGUCAAAGGCGUUCGAGCCCAUCAGGAAACGGCGGUGGCGCUUCAGAGAAGAGGUGCCUCGUCUUUCUCUCUCUUACACACUCUCUCUCUCUCACCCACUCUCUCUCUCUCUCUCUCUUUCCAUCUCUCUCUUCCUCUCCAUCUCUCCUUCUCACACACACGCACACGCACGCUCAGCAGCCGCACCCGAAGCGCGUCCCGCAGCCUCGCUCUCUGUCCAACCUGCCGUAGCAUGGCCAAAUCUAGUAGAGCUACAUUGGCUCUGCUCGUCUACGGGAUCUUAAUGCGCUACAGCGCCCAAUGCACACCCAUCGGAAUGGGCUUCCCCAACAUGAGGCUAGAAAACGACGUGUUUGGGGAUGAGGGAAACUCGUUAAGUGAGCUCUCCUACGAGCCGGACACUAUGAGCGCGCGCAGUGCUCCAGCCCUCCCGGAGGACGCGUACACACUGUAUUACCCGACCGAGAGAAGAGCCGAAACGCAUGCAGACGGAUUGUUAGAUAGAGCCUUGAGGGACAUCCUGGUUCAGUUAUCAGCCCGAAAAUAUCUGCAUUCUCUGACGGCAGUUCGCGUAGGUGAGGAGGAGGAGGAGGAUGAAGAAGACUCGGAGCCCUUGUCCAAGCGCCACUCGGACGGCAUUUUCACGGACAGCUACAGCCGCUCGAAACAAAUGGCCGUAAAAAAAUACCUUGCAGCAGUGCUGGGAAGAAGGUACAGACAGAGGUUUAGAAACAAAGGACGCCGUUUUGCUUAUUUGUAGCGGGGGAAAGAGGUAGAGGAAAAGAGAGCGAGAGAGAGAGAAAGAGAGAGAGAAAGAAUAGAGCAACUGCCCUCCCUUGUGUCCAUUCAAUCAUACAGUCAAAAGUCAUUCUAACUUAAAACUGAGCAGUCGGUGGAUCUCGCCUGUGUUCUUUCAAACAUGUAUUUUAUGUACGAAGUCAAGCCAUUAAAAAUAUUUUAGUAAGAACAUGGUUUAUUUUUUGUUCUUUUCUUUCUUUUCUUUUUUGUACAAAAGCACUUGAGACCGCACAGUUCUACUUUGUGGACCAAUCGUUCAGUUUGAAUGUAUAUAGCUUUAUAUGUUGAAAACGAAACAAAAAAAAGCACUAGGAAAAAAAAUUAUAUAUAUAUAUAUAUAUAUAUAUAUAUAUAUAUAUAUAUAUAUAUAUAUAUAUAUAUAUAUAUAUAGCAUAUAUCUCUAUGACUAAUGUGCACCUUGAACGUUAUGCGCUUGAUAUCUUUUUCGAAUUCAUCAUAUGCAGAAAAAUAAAUAGAUUUAAAAAAAGACAAUCAAAGUUCUGAAUGUUAUACUUUAUUUUUGUAAUGGAGAAAAACAAACAAACAAAAAAACAUGAACGAAAGAAUAGAGUUUUUAUUUUGUGCUAAGUUGGCCCUGGGAUGUAUGUGACCAUAAGGCUGACUCUGUAAAUUUAAAAAAAAAAGAGAAAAAAAAAAGAAGAAGAAGAAAAAAAAGCACAGGCUGAUCGUAUGAAGGGGUCAGGGAGCGAUACACACUGGCCAGCAUGAGUCCCUCAUUACACAAGUACGUGUGUUUGUGUUGAAGUCACGUGUCUGACUAAAUGCAACAGGUUCUUUUUUAACAGAGUUUGUCUCUGAAAAUGAACGCCACUGGAAUUUAGAUAAUUAGUGCUGUCCAAUUAUUAUUAUUAUUAUUAUUAUUAUUAUUAUUAUUAUUAUUAUUAUUAUUAUUAUUUUGUAGUGGCUUGCUUUCUAAGUCUCAAACUAACCAUCCAUCUUCCCUGCACCUACAUACAUGAUGCAUGUGCAUCAUUUGUAAUACAGACCAUGUUGCAUUCCAUAUGCUUGAGAAUGGCUGUUAAUUUUUUUAGAAUUAUUAUUCAUUUUAUUUGAGAUCUUUCUGUUGUAUCAGUUAGACAUGCUUUUCUAAGAAUGCUGCACAUAAGUUCUUAAGGGUGAAUGGAAAAGAAUUGUGUCAUUGCCCCCCUUUUCAGAAACGAAAAAAAUCCAAGUGCAUGCUGUGGUGGCCUUUAAAAAGUGUUAUAGCAUGUCAGUUUUUUUUAUUAUUUAAAAAAAUAAUCAAUUUUAGGCAUGUUUGCAGUGACCCUAGUCAUUGUUUUUUUUGUGUGUCAUUUUUAUCUUUGUAUUAAUCCGAUUUGUUUUUAAUGUUGUAUGCCAAUGUAGACAUUGUGUAUAUGUUGGGGAUGUAAAGAUGUGUAAUCGAUGAUCUAUUUUUAUUUUGGGGAAAAAACAGGAUUAAAAACAACCAAUUAACUAACCAACAACAAUAUUUAAUGUUGGAAUGUCCUUUAUAAGAUCUAGUGUAUAGAUAUAGUAGUUCACUCACCUGCAAAGAUUAUAGACUCCAGAUCAGUAUUUCCUGCAUUCCAGGAUGAUACUUCUUGCUAUUAUUUUUGAUAAUUCAUUAACCUCUUCGUUAUCAAACACGCAAAAGUCAUUUGUGUUAUGCAUCUCUUUGAAGAAAGUGGGAAGAAGUAAGAGGAGUGAUGCAUGGACAGAGGAUCAGGAAACCAAGGCAUUUAAGAAUGGGGCCAGAGGUUAUAAAGUUAUAGCAUCUCGUAUUCUUAUUUGAAUCCUUGUAGAUUGGAGUCAAAGAUAAAUAUUGUGCAGCACUUAAAUACAAACAUAUCCUUUAUCCCUAAGAAUUAUUUAAACUGUCCUCUUUUUCUGUCUCUAAACUGCCCUUGAUGGUUUGUAUAUUCGAGACCAUUCAGUCCUUAUUUCCCCACCAAUUUUAGCCUAUUGUUUCCAGACAUGAAAUCAACCCCCCCUUGUAAUUGGGCAUCAGUUCCUAGGAAUCUCUGAGUGUAGAUGUUUUUUAUGGGAGCACAAUGUGUGAAUGUGUGUGAAUGUGUUGAAAGAGUGUGAGCAUGUACAAUAUGAACCUGACAGUGGUAUGUGACAGACAGCAUGGCUUCUGGCUUUGGUGCCUUGCUACAACAUAUGACAAAAAAAAUCGCCACAUGAUAUGGAUGGCAAUUUUAGUGGCCCUAUAAUGCUGCAGACUAUUAGCUUACAUUUCACUUUACCAUCUUUACUUUUUUUUUUUUGUUUCUUUCCAAAUUUGGCUGGGCCGACAUCUAAUUAAAAAAAAAAAAAAAAAAAUAGCAUGGCCAGCAUUACAUUGUGAUCCGAUUUUUAAAUAUUGAACUGAUGUAAAUGGCAAAAGUAUUAACUGUCUCUAGGCUGUUCUAAGUUCAAUGAAUGUGUUGUGGCAAAGUAAAAGUGUUCCUGUUUCAUUGUUCUCAGUAAACUGACUCAUCGUAUCCCAAGCUUAUGUAUAGGGUCAUGAAGCCUAGCUUGAUUUUUUGUGUUGUUACUUGUCGCAUCGCUUUGAGGGUUAUUUGUCAGCUAGCAAAGAGCCUGAUGGAGUGCAGCCCACAGCCCAGCCUCUUGUGUACAUUUCUAAGAGCGCCAAAAGCCUUAAUGUGAAAGUUUGAUCUAUAUCUUGAAAAUAUUAUGUGUGAGAAGUGAAUAUUAGCAAAUGUGAAGUCGAGAUAUUAACCCAUAACUCCUUAGGGGGGGUAACGUUUUUAAAUGUUGAAAAAAAAAAAGUGUUGUAAGAUUUGUAUGAAUAAAUUUUUGUAAACAACACA